AUGAGUAGGUGUCGAGGGCAGGGGCGGAGGCAGAAGCCUGGCUACGGUUUUGACCGAACCCAAAGCCAUAAAUCUGAAAUCUUAGCUCUGGCUCUGGUAGGUGCUAGCAUGCUUUGUGCAAAUGAUUUUGGAUUGCACCAGCUGUCGCAAGACUUAGAAAAAACUACUAUUACUACUUAUUAUCCACAACUUAGUAGGACUUCACCAGUGCAUGUUAGGUCUCAAAAUUCUCUCAAAGAGAAUGAAAAAAUUGAACAAUUACCUGGUCAACCUCAAGGUGUAGAUUUUAACCAGUACUCAGGGUGUGUUACCGUUGAUCCAACUGCUGGAAGAAAUUUGUUUUAUUAUUUCGUCGAGUCGCCUCAAGAUUCUGGUUCUAAGCCCCUUGUCUUAUGGCUCAAUGGAGGGCCAGGUUGUUCCUCACUUGGAGGGGGAGCAUUUGGAGAACUUGGGCCAUUUAGAGUUAACAAAGAUGGCAGUCUACAGAGGAAUCAAUUUUCAUGGAUUUCUGAGGCCAACGUAAUCUUUCUCAAAUCGCCUGCUGGUGUUGGAUUUUCAUAUACAAACACAAGUGCGGACUACAAUUUUAGUGGAGAUAGAACAACAGCUAUUGAUUCUUACACUUUUCUAGUGAAUUGGCUCGAACGAUUUCCAGGAUACAAAACAAGGGACUUUUACCUUGCUGGAGAGAGCUAUGCCGGGCAUUAUGUACCUCAACUCGCUCAGCUUAUACUUCUGCGCAACAAUUACUCAAAUCACACUAUUAUCAAUUUAAAAGGAAUCACUAUUGGCAAUGCCUAUGUUGAUUUUGAAGCCAACAUGAAAGGAACAACAGAAUAUUACUGGUCUCAUGCUCUAAUAUCAGAUGAGUUAUACAACAAAAUCACAUCAAGUUGUAAUUUUUCUACUCCAUCUUCUGCAUCCAAGAAAUGCAAGAACUACUUGGACCAAAUAGACAAAGAAAUUGGAAAUAUUUUUCUAUACAACAUUUACGUGCCACUGUGCCCUAAUGUAUCACCCUCAAGUACCACAGUAAGCAGUACCUCAGAAGUUGAUCCCUGCAUGCCAGUUUAUAUUCAGUCCUAUUUUAACAAACCACAAGUUCAAAAGGCUAUCCAUGCAAACGUUACAAAUCUUCCCUAUCCAUGGCAAAACUGCAAUAACACGCUUAAUCUCAGCUGGAAAGAUAGACCGUUGACCGUUUUGCCACUUUUGCGUCACUUGAUGAAGAGUGGCUUAAGAAUCUGGCUGUAUAGUGGUGACAUGGAUGUUAUAGUGCCAGUGACAGAUACGAGGUAUGCUAUAAAGAAGCUGAAGUUACCAAUCAAGACAGCUUGGUACCCUUGGUAUUUCCAGGGAGAGGUUGGUGGAUAUGUAGAGGAGUACGAAAACUUGACGUUGAUGACAAUAAGAGGAGCAGGGCAUUUUGUUCCAACGUAUCAGCCAAGUCGUGCCCUUGCUUUCUUCUCCUAUUUUCUUAGUGGAAAGCUUCCCCCUAAGGAGUAG